CAAUUUUUCUAACGUGAUAUGGCUGCAUUCGUCUUGCCAGAGUUGUACAAAAAGAGUUCGCUUAUGAACUUGAUUGGUGCCAAAAAAAUGUUAGAGAAAUAUAAAGACUUAUUAAUUUGGAAAGAAAACGCUUCCAUACUAGAAUUUGGUGUCGGCGAUGGCAGUAAUUCGCAAAAAGCCCUUGGACCACUGCUGCCUAAAGAUUACAAAGAAUAUAUCGCCACAGAUAUCUCCAAAAUCAUGGUGGAUUACGCCAGAAGAAAUAUAGUAAUGCCUAAAUGUCAAUUUUAUGAAUUUGACAUAAAUUGUGAGAAUAUUCCUUCAAGUUUUCAAUCGAGAUUCGAUUAUAUAUUUAGUUUUUAUGUAAUGAUGUACGUUAAAAAGCCAGAACAUACUUUCAAAAAUAUUUAUGCCAUGUUGAAACCAAAUGGAAAAACAUUCAAUGUGUUUCUUCCAUCUCUUCCGACAGAUCCCGUCCACAUGAAGCUCUGUAAACAUGAAAAAUGGGGAAAAUAUGGACACGAGCAAAUGUUAUCAGCCUAUAGUUCUGAAUUGUAUCCGGAAAAAUGCUAUCAGCAGGCAUUGGAUAGAUCUGGAUUUAAGUAUUAUUUCUCAGUCGAAAAAACAUCUUACACGUUUCUCAAUGAAGCAGAAUGGAAAGAUCCCGUCCACAUGAAGCUCUGUAAACAUGAAAAAUGGGGAAAAUAUGGACACGAGCAAAUGUUAUCAGCCUAUAGUUCUGAAUUGUAUCCGGAAAAAUGCUAUCAGCAGGCAUUGGAUAGAUCUGGAUUUAAGUAUUAUUUCUCAGUCGAAAAAACAUCUUACACGUUUCUCAAUGAAGCAGAAUGGAAAGGAUUCUUUCUUUCCGUUAAUACAGCGUUAGCCAAUAUUCCCGAAGACGAAGUGGAAGAAUACAAAAAUAUCUUUUUAAACUUAAUUGAUAACCAAGUAUUAAUUGAUGGUAGUGACAGGGGAACUAAAACAAUAAACUUUGAUUUGUGUGUAGUAUCUGCGAAAUUUGGUUUCGGCGAUGGAAGCAAUUCCCAAAAAAAUCUUCGACCUCUUUUGCCUGAAGAUUAUAAAGAAUAUAUUGCCACAGAUCUCUCCAAAAUUAUGGUGGAUUAUGCAAGAAGGAAUAUCGUAAUGCCUAAAUGUGAAUUUUAUGAAUUUGACGUUAAUUGUGAGCCUAUUCCUUCAAGUUUUCAGUCGAGAUUCGAUUAUAUAUUUAGUUUUUUUACGAUGAUGUACGUUAAAAAACCAGAGCAGACUUUUAAAAAUAUCCAUGCUAUGUUGAAACCAAAUGGGCAAACUUUCAAUGUGUUUCUUUUAACCAUUCCGACGGAUCCCGUCCAUGCGAUGCUCUGCAAACAUGAAAAAUGGGGAAAAUGCGGACAUGAACAAAUGUUAUCACCCUAUAGUUCUAGAGCAUCCCCGGAAAAUUGCUUCAGAAAGGUUUUGGAAAGAACUGGAUUAAAUUAUUACUUUUCAGUUGAAAAAACUUCCUAUACGUUUUCCAAUGAAGCAGAAUGGAAAGGAUUCUUUACUUCUAUUAAUACAGCGUUGCCCAACAUUCCUGAUGAGGAAUUGGAAGAAUACAAAGAUGUCUUUUUAAACUUAAUUGAAAACCACGUUUUAAUUGAUGGUAUUGACAAGGGAACUAAAAUAAUGAACUUUGAUAUAUGUGUGGUGUCUGCAAGUAAAAUAUCUAGUUAACAUAGACACAUUAUAAAAUAGACCUUUCGUGUUCCAAUUUACUUUAUGUCAGAUUUUAUUAAUGCUGUUAUUGUUCCAUGUGUAUUUCAUUUACUACAACUUUUAAAUAAUACGUUCAUAAUUAUUUAAUUAUCCUUCACAUCCUUGUUCGUGAAAAUAAAGAUAA